GGAUUAUGUCCCGCCCACUGGAUGAACAUUGGAUGUUUAUUGGUUCGUCGCAGCUCCAAAGGGUACUACGAACCUAAACUGAGAUGCACAUGAUUUUUGUUAGGCACUGUAAGCGCGGCUACAUCUGGAACAACCACGAAGCAAAUAAGAAUUCUGUUUUCCGCCGGCAUCUGCAGGAGCGCUCAGUCGAAUGCCUUCUUUCAGUUAAUCUAUUGCUGUAACAAAAAACGGCGCGCACGGCGCAAGGAGGAAAGUGGUUUUAACGUAUGGAUGGAAAGACGCAGGUAACCAGGCUUUCGGAUUCAACUGAAGUAGUUUCCUAGAGGAGUGUCCUCCCGCUGCCCCGAGAUCAUGGCGUCCGGCACGCACUCGCCCGGAGGCCCCAACGGAAUCAUCCGGAGCCAGUCCUUCGCCGGGUUCAGCACGCUGCAGGAGCGGCGCUCGCGGUGCAACUCCUUCAUCGGAAACUCGGCGGCGCAGAAGAAGCCGCAGUCCAAGCCAAAGAAGACGCACGCGUCCGGGCACAAGGCCAGCAGCUCCUCCCACCAGCCGCAGCCCAAGAGGGUGGAGGAGGUGUACGGCGCCCUCAAACGCGGCCUGGAUGAGUACCUGGAGGUGCACCAGGCAGAGCUGGACAAACUCACCUCCCUGAUGAAGGACAUGAAGAGGAACUCCAGACUGGGCGUGCUGUAUGAUCUCGACAAGCAAAUCAAAACCAUCGAGAGAUACGUUCGACGCCUGGAAUUCCACAUCAGUAAGGUGGACGAGCUGUACGAGGCCUUCUGCAUCCAGAGGCGUCUGCAGGACGGGGCCUGCAGGAUGAAGCAGGCCUUCUGCGCCUCGCCCUCCACUAAGGGCACCAGGGAGAGCCUGGCCGAGGUCAACCGCCGCUACAGAGAGUACAGCGAGAAUAUGUGCACGUUUGAAGGAGAGCUGGAGAACCUGCUGGGGGAGUUCCACAUUAAGAUGAAAGGUCUGGCAGGAUUUGCACGUCUCUGUCCAGGAGAUCAGUAUGAAAUCUUCAUGCGCUACGGACGCCAGCGCUGGAAGCUGAAGGGGAAGAUCGAGGUGAACUCCCGGCAGAGCUGGGACGGGGAGGAGAUGGUGUUCAUGCCACUCAUCACAGACCUCAUCUCCAUCAAGGUGUCGGAGCUGAAAGGCCUGGCCUCGCACAUCCUGGUGGGCAGCGUCAUCUGCGAGACCAAGGACCUGUUCACCGCCAUGCCGCAGGUGGUCGCCGUGGACAUCAACGACCUCGGCACCAUCAAGCUCAACCUGGAGGUCACAUGGUUUCCGUUCGAUGCGGAGGACCUGACCCUGUCCUCGGGGAACCUGAGCAAGGCCACGGCCCUGCAGAGGCGGGUGUCUGUGUACAGCCAGGGCACGCCCGAGACGCCCACCUUCCAGGACACCUCCUUCUUCUCGGUCCUCCCCGACGACGUUUUUGAGAACGGCGAGAGCAGCGCCCCCGAGUGCAAGCGCCUCUCCUUCAACUUCACCGACUCGGCCCGGUCCAGCCCCAGCCCGGGCCAGUCCACCCCCGAGAUCACGGUCACGCCCCCGCCCCUGGAGGGCGACCGCCAGCCCCGACCGCUCCGGCGGGCCGGGGAGGGGGAGGAGCCGGACCGGGAGGGGGCGGAGACGGCCAGCGAGACGGAGGCGGAGUCGGAGUGGGAGCGGGGCGGCUCGCCGUCGCUGUGCUCGGAGCAGCUGUCCGCCGUGGCGCCGGAGGACGUGUUCCUGGACCACGGCGUGGCCGGCGCCCUGCUGCCGGACGAGGGCUCGGAGCUGAAGCCCGUGGAGCUGGACACGGACGAGGGCAGCCUGACCAAGCAGCUGGUGCGGAGGCUGACCUCGGCCGACGUGCUGCCCGAGGCCGGCGUGAGCUGGGCGGGGCCGGAGGCGGGGCCGGAGGCGGGGCGCGGGUGGCCGCUGGAGACCAGCCUGGAGGAGGCCAUUCAGAGCCUGCUCCUCAGACUGGAGAGCCCGGGGGAGGUGUGCCGCGAGCUGCAGGACCUGGAACAGGAAGUGAUGCGUCUGGAGGACCUGCUGAAGUGCCGAGCGCCCGCCCACAGGAGCCGGUCCUCCAGUCUCAGUCUGACGGUUGAGAGCGCUCUCGAGAGCUUUGACUUCCUCAACACCUCAGACUUUGACGACGACGACAUGGGCGAGGACGCCCUCCCCCGCUCCGUGUUCUUUGACAUGGAGGCGGAGAGGAUCGGGCCAGGGCAGCAUCCAGAGGCCAGGGGCCACCUGAGCGAGGCCCUGACAGAGGACACGGGGGUGGGGAACAGCGUGGCCGGCAGCCCCCUGCCCCUCACCACGGGCAACGAGAGCCUGGACACCGCCAUCAUCAUUCACCUGCAGUACUGCAGCCACCUCGUCCAGCUCUUGUCCACCGGGGGGAGCCCCUCGCAACGCAAAGCCUGGCUGCACAAGAUCUCCACUCAGACCCAGCUGCUGGAGGAGGUGGGCGAGAUCAGCACGGAGCGUCUGGGGGGCGCGGUCUCGGCAGCUGACGUGGUCGUGGGACUGGCAGAGAAGCCCGCGCUGCUCUCCCUGUGGACGGCCUGCAGUGGCUCCGGGGGCCUGUUCCACACCCCGGCGGACCGGGCGGUCAAGCACAUGGACCGCAGCUUCAGCGCCGCCCUGCUGGCCAGCCGCGCGCACACCACCGACUCAGUAAUCCGGCGGUUGGUGAAUGAGAUGAUGGACAGGACCGAGCCGGGCCCCUCCCCCUCCCCCUGCGGCUCGCCCCCCGCCGUGUCCCAGGACGUCCUGACGGUGUUCCAGUUCCACAGCUACGCCUCCGCGCACGGCGUGACGGACAUGGCGGAGCACCUCCUGCAGGUGGCGCGCGAAGCUGUGUUCGUGGAGAGCCUGUGUUCCGGUGACCCGGAUUGGGCCCUAAGGGAGCUGGCGGAGGUGACGGCGUCCAGUCUGAAGCCCCAGCCGGAGACCCUGAGGGCCCUGGGCGCGCUCCUGACCGCCGACACGCCCCAGCUCAGCAAGGCCGCGGCCGCCUUCCUCUCCUCCGCCUCCGCCCACCUCCCGUUCAGGUCUAAGGCGGUGGAGUGCUACACUCAGGCCCUGUCGGAGGAAGGGGUGGAGGCGCAGAGAGGAGCGUGCGCCGCUCUCAGCUGCUUACAGGCCCAUGAAAGUGUCGAGGCAGUGGUGUCGCUGUGCGACUCGGCCGAUGAAGAGCUCCGCCACGUCGCCAUAGAAACCCUCCUCACCCUCGGCGAGGAGGGCCGGCUGGCGUACGAGCAGCUGGACACCGUCCCCAGGGAGAUGGUGCGACUGGGCACGCGGCGAGGGAACGCCGUCACCACUGCCUUUUGAGAUGGCCCGUUCCAGGAUCGCAUGGACCCCUCCUGCCUUCCCCCCGCCGCCCUCUCCAGUGUCCUAGGCCUGGAGAGGCUACGGCUGGACUGACCCGGGGGGGCCUAGCAGGGGGGUCUAGGACAUGCCCAAGGCUCCUUUCAUUCACAGACUGGACUACAUGAUUUGGUGUUCAUUCUGACCACUAUUAAGCCAUUUCUGUCUGCACAAAGAAUUUUAUUAUUAAUUAUUACUAUAAUUAUGGUUGUCCUCAUUGUUAUUAUUAUUACUGCGGUUAUUAAUUAUUCAUUUCAGCGGCUCAUAUUCUUGAAUUUUACUUAUUUUUGUGCGCUUUGAAAAUUGCACUGCUGUUACCAGAGGCCUGUAAAUACAGUGACAUUAUACAGUGGUUUGUAUGAUGUGGGGAACGGUACUUGACCUUGUUUUCUCCGGUACGUAACGUUCAGUUUCAGGGAUUUUUAUGGACUCUUAUUUGCUUUUGUCAACAUGUAUUGUGGGUUUUCACGGCCUCUGCUUGUGGUGUCUCAGAGACUCAUUUUGGGGGGGGGGGGGAGAGGGUGGGGGGGUUCGAAAGGAUGUAGCUUACCUGCUGUCUGCAAGACCCUGCGCCUGUCUGCCUGCUCUGAGACGGUGUGGAACACAGACCCCGGCCUCUCCUCUGAUGGGUACGCCCCCCUCCCUCCGCCCGUGAGCGUCGCUCGCCCAGUCUCCCUCGGCGGAAAGGGAGGGCUGGCCGGCCGGCGUCGGGGUGCUGGGCGCCUGUCAGAGCGCUCGGAGCAGAGCGGGAGGGGUUCGAAAUGCUACCGCUCAGGCAGCCCAGUGAUUUACAGCUCCUGUCUCGCCCGGCGCACUGAGGCCUGUGCACAGCUCGUCUCCGGAGCCUGUCUGGAACCAGGGGGGCUUUCAGCACAGGGGCGGGGGGAAGAGACGCAGGAGAGACUGAAGUCAGAAAGCUGCGUGAUCCAUUCAGCUCGUGUGCCUACUGUAACCGUACCGCUGAGACGUUCACCGCGACCAGUCUUUCUCUACUGUCUUUUUUUUUUUUUUUUACGCUCGAGUAUUUCGAUACUUUAACCCUUUUUACAAAAAAAAAAGAAAGAAAAAAGCUUCAGGGUACACGUGAAAUUUGAGCUGCCUACGAGCUGCGCAUUUAUAUUAACGCACGUUCCUGUCCAUAAUUAUACACUGUUUAUUAUCAGGAACAAAAUGUCCUCUGUUUCCCUGUGAGAAAACAGGACUCAUCAGUAGUUCCGCCUUGAUUUUUUUCUGUACGCAGACCAUGUCGUUUUUCCCUAGAUGAAUUUUAAACUUUCAUCCCGAGAUGAGACUUCAGUUAACGUAAUUAAUUUAAGGACUUCACCAGCACCUUAUUUGUAAAUUAACUAUUGUUAUGGGAAUACAACAUGCUGGUUUGUAGAUUUUGUUUCUUGAAUAGAUUGAAGUACAUUUCUGUUUUGUUUUGCCCAACCAUUGUGGAUAUGUUUCUCUGUUAGUUACAUAGGCGAAAGACCAAAGGAUGUCAUCAUGAAAUCUCAAGGGCAGAUCCUGAAAUGGCUAUGAAUUAAUUCAACUGUAACAUUGUUGAAAAGGAAAUGAGAUGAAAAAAAAAUUUAUGUUGCAACUGCAAUUUAGAUGUGAAUAUAACAAUAAGACAAAAAGCCAUAGCAUUACCUGGGGAAAAAAAAUAAUUUAAAGCAGUAUUUAUGUUGUAACAAAACCAUGUAGUUUUAUAUAAACCUUGAAUAGAAAUGUGUACAUUAUGUGUGCGAGAUGAAAGAUAACUUUAGGAAUUUUCAUUUUUGCGGAUAAGUUGAACAGACCUCGUACUCUCUUUAACAGAGCUGCAAUUUUUUUUCCCUCUUUGUACUGUGAAUUCUAUUUAAUAUGGAAAUAUUUUGGUUAAUAUUGUUUCUCUGUUGCUACUUCUGAAGGUAACACUGUCUUUCACAGAGGUAUAAAGAGGCCUGUUACAAUUUUUAUAUACCAUAUUUAUAUCCAAGUCUCACAGCAUGAACCUAAAUUCAAAGUCACAAUACAAAAUGGAGUGUCAUGUCUAUUGACCCUUUGAACAUCUCCAGUGUCUAAACAGUGUCUCUACAGCUGCAAAAAAACAUUCAUUUUCUAUGCCAGUAAUACAUAUCAAUUGAAAUUCAAGUCCACUCACUACAGUAUUGACUAUUUAAAUCUGUCAGACAUGGAGUAAAUCUGGUAGAUUUAUUGUGGAGGUCCGAAUGAUUUUCGCCGCACUGAUUACUGUCGUUUUCUCCUUUGGGUUCACGAUUUAGUAUUCGUUCAGCUCAUUAAAAGUGGCAAUAAAGUUUAUUUUUGCAUAA